AUGGAUGAAAUAUUUCUCAAUUUGAGUACAAAAUUUAUUAUAAAUCUGCCGGUCCAAGAGCAGCAAUCGCUUGAACGGCUAUGCUUCCAAGUCGAAGCUGCCCAUUGGUAUUACGAGGACUUCAUUAGGGAGCUAGAGCCCUCACUUCCCUCUUUCCACCUCAAACAAUUCUCUCAGCAAUUCUUCAAACACUGCCCAAUCCUCUCCAAGCAAUCCCAUCGACACGAGAAAGCUUUCGCCGAUUUCAUCCGCUACAAGACACGAGUACCCGUGUGUGGGGCCAUCAUUCUCAACCAACAACUCUCCCACUGCCUCCUCGUCAAGGGCUGGAAACAAUCCUCCGCCUGGUCUUUCCCUAAGGGUAAGAUCAACCUCGAUGAAGCACACCACCUAUGUGCUGUGAGGGAGGUGCUCGAGGAAACUGGCUUCGAUUGCUCCACUCGCCUCGUACACACUGACUACAUUGACGUAGCCAUCAAAGACCAGAAAAUCAGACUGUAUAUCAUCCAAAACGUACCUAUGGACACCCCCUUCAAAACUCAAACAAGGAAGGAAAUUUCUAAAAUCGAGUGGUUUAAACUUACUGAUCUGCCGUCUUGGAAGAGGAAUUCAAAACAGCUCUCCUCAUCUAAAUUCUACCUCAUUACCCCUUUUAUCGGUCGAUUGAAAUCUUUCAUCAAGCGACAUAAACCAAAUUCAAACGCCUUACUCUCCCCUGACAACGAGCCCACGUCCAACCCCAUCGACUCCCUCUUCUCAAAACUAUCCACUUCAAAUGUCUCACUAUCCCAUGUAGACAGGUUAUUCUCUCAAUGCACGCCCGCACCUGGUGACAUACACGCACACAAUGGUUCCUCUCCACUACAGAUUCUACAGCAUUCUCCCAAAUCCACCCACAACUCCAACUCCACUCCUUCCACUGCUCCCUUACCCAACCUUCAACCCUUCCCACCCCCACUCAUGCCACCCAAGAUGCCUCCAGUACAGAGCAAUCCUCCACUCCCCUCACUUCCCUCCAACGCCAGCACAAAUGUACCAAUCAAUUUUGUUUUGGGUGAAGGUGAUCAUGUCGGUGAUAUGGACAUGCAGAGGCAGAUGGGUUUGGAUCAUCGGGGCAACACGGGCAACACACCCAACACACCCUCACAUCACAACAUUCAACACAAUGUCAACAACUUGUCCUCACAUCUCUCACACGACUUGACCAAGAUGCACUCCCACUCCCAACUGUCUACCAUCAUGCAUCCUCCUUCGGGAAUAACCAACACUCAGCCACCACAAAACUUGCAGCAGACUUUGUUGGAGAGUUUGCAGCCCUUGCAAGGUAUGAAUGGUGCUCGAAAUGUUAACAACGUGAAUAGCGUGAAUAACACCCACUCACACCCCUCCUACCUCCAUAAAAACGAUCCCAACCACAAACAAAGCCUUCUCUCUCUUCUCUCUCCCCAACAGGCUGCAGAGGCUACUCAGACUGCCUCGCCCUCACACCACCAGGCUUCCAAUCCUCUUCUAUCGCUUCUGAACACCAAACCGAGUUAG